CCCACCCGACAACCAAACGAAAGGCAGCAUCGUUCUUCUCCAGAAGACGAAAGAGCCUGAAAAAGCAGGAGCCGAGCCAGAGCCCCUCUGCUCUCCCCCCAGCAUAAAUUUAACCCCCGCUGCAACUUUUCCUUUGCUGGCGGGGCUGAGCUGGGGCUCCAGCGGUGCUGGGGUGGGUUUGUCCCCUCUCGCCCACCCCUCCCCUAGAUUGAUUUUAGCGGAGAGGGAGGGGGGGUGGGGAAUCCUUUUUAUUGCAGAGCCCGGCUCGCUUUGCAAGCCUUCUUCCUCCUCCUUCUCCUCCUCCUCCUCCUCCUCCCCCUCCCCUGCUUUUUGUGCCCGCCGCAGCAGGGCUGGCCAGGCCGGGGGAGGGAAGCGAUGGGAAGGGGAGGUCGCCCCCUCCUCUCCCUCUGUGUGUGUUUUUUUUGCAGGUGUGUCAAUUUUAAUUCUGCCCAGUAGGUGGGACUUGGUGACUUUCGCACCGUUUUUGUUAUUUAUUUAUUUCCCCGGCUGCCUCCCCAGCCUCCCGUUGCAAUCCUCCGGAGCGGCUGGCGGGGAGCGGCGGGCGGCGGGCGCAGGGCUGCCGGGCCAGCAUGCAUCCCCGCCCGCUGCCGCUGCCGUAGCGGGAAUUACAGCCUCUCCGAGCCAGCUGCCAGCAUGAUUUCAUCUGCUGGAGGAUUUUUGCAUCUGAUCGCUUGAGGUUUUGUUGUGGGUUUUUUUUUUUUGGUGUUUUUUUUUUUUUUUUUUUUUUCCUCCCUCUGUCUUUGUUUCCUUCCCCCUUUCCCCCCCUUCCCCCCUUUCCUCCUCCUCCUCUUUUUUAGAAGCAGCAAUCGGAGAUGGAUGUCUCUCUUUGCCCUACCAAGUGCACUUUCUGGAGGGUAUUUUUGCUCUGGAGCAUUUGGGGAGACUAUCUGCUUUCGGUGCUGGCUUGCCCUGCUAAUUGUCUUUGCAGCAAGACAGACAUCAAUUGUAAGAAGCCGGAUGAUGGGAACCUCUUCCCUCUCUUGGAAGGGCAGGAUUCAGGCAGCAGCAAUGGCAACACGAGCAUCAAUAUCACGGACAUCUCAAGGAACAUCACUUCCAUACACAUAGAGAACUGGAAGAACUUGCAGACGCUGAAUGCUGUUGACAUGGAGCUGUACACGGGACUCCAGAGGCUGACAAUCAGGAACUCAGGACUACGAAACAUCCAGCCACGCGCCUUUGCCAAGAACCCUCACUUGCGCUACAUAGACCUCUCUGGGAACCGGCUCACCACUCUGUCAUGGCAACUCUUUCAGACCCUGCGACUCUUUGAACUGAGACUUGAGAGGAACCUUUUCAACUGCAGCUGUGACAUCCGUUGGAUCCAGCUCUGGCAGGAGAAAGGGGAGGCAAACCUGCAGUACCAGGAGCUUUACUGCAUGAACAUGGACGCAGCCAUCAUCCCUUUGCAGGAGAUGAACAUCACCCAGUGUGACCUCCCUGAAAUCAGUGUGAGCCAUGUGAACCUGACGGUGCGGGAAGGGGAGAAUGCUGUCAUCACCUGCAAUGGCUCAGGCUCACCGCUGCCCGACGUUGACUGGACGGUGGCUGAUCUCCACUCCAUCAACACGCACCAGACCAAUCUCAACUGGACCAAUGUUCAUGCCAUCAAUCUGACCUUGGUGAAUGUCACCAGUGAGGACAACGGGUUCCUGCUUACCUGCAUUGCUGAGAAUGUGGUGGGGAUGAGCAAUGCCAGUGUGCUGCUCACCGUCUACUAUCCCCCUCGCAUCUUAACUCUGGAGGAGCCAGUGCUACAUCUGGAGCACUGCAUUGCAUUUGCAGUGCAUGGGAACCCAGCUCCCACCCUUCAUUGGCUGCACAAUGGCCAGGUCCUUCGGGAGACAGAGAUCAUCCACAUGGAGUUUUACCAACAAGGGGAAGUGUCUGAGGGUUGCCUGCUCUUCAACAAACCCACUCAUUACAACAAUGGCAACUACACGAUUGUGGCCACCAACCAUCUGGGCUCAGCCAACCAGACCAUCAAAGGACACUUCCUUGAAAAGCCCUUUCCAGAAAGUACAGACAACUUUGUCUCAAUUGGAGAUUAUGAAGUGAGUCCCACCCCACCCAUCACUGUGACCCACAAACCAGAGGAGGACACUUUUGGGGUUUCCAUAGCAGUUGGGCUGGCAGCUUUUGCUUGUGUCCUCUUGGUCGUCCUCUUUAUUAUGAUCAACAAGUAUGGCCGGCGGUCCAAGUUUGGGAUGAAAGGUCCUGUGGCAGUGAUCAGCGGAGAGGAGGAUUCAGCCAGUCCCCUUCACCACAUCAACCAUGGCAUCACGACGCCCUCAUCCCUCGAUGCUGGCCCGGACACAGUGGUGAUUGGCAUGACCCGCAUUCCUGUCAUCGAGAACCCCCAGUACUUCCGACAAGGACACAACUGUCACAAGCCAGACACGUAUGUCCAGCAUAUUAAGAGGAGAGACAUCGUUUUGAAGAGGGAGCUGGGAGAAGGUGCCUUUGGGAAGGUGUUCUUGGCCGAGUGUUACAACCUCAGCCCCACCAACGACAAAAUGCUGGUGGCAGUGAAGGCACUGAAAGACCCCACCUUGGCAGCCCGCAAGGAUUUCCAGAGGGAGGCAGAGCUGCUCACCAACCUACAGCACGAGCACAUCGUCAAGUUUUAUGGCGUGUGUGGUGAUGGCGACCCGCUCAUCAUGGUCUUUGAGUACAUGAAGCAUGGUGACCUGAACAAAUUCCUGAGGGCACAUGGCCCAGAUGCUAUGAUCCUCGUGGAUGGGCAGCCUCGACAAGCCAAAGGGGAGCUAGGGCUAUCCCAGAUGCUCCACAUCGCUAGCCAGAUCGCCUCUGGAAUGGUGUACCUUGCCUCCCAGCACUUUGUCCAUAGAGACCUGGCCACCAGGAACUGCUUGGUCGGAGCCAACCUGCUGGUGAAGAUUGGAGACUUUGGGAUGUCAAGAGAUGUCUACAGCACUGAUUACUACAGGGAAGGGCCGCGUCCGAAGGGCCAGUUCAGCGCAGCGUGGCAGCGACAGAGACUGGCACCGCCGGCAGCUGCAACAGUUGGAGGACACACCAUGCUGCCUAUCCGCUGGAUGCCUCCGGAGAGCAUCAUGUACAGGAAGUUCACAACGGAGAGUGACGUCUGGAGCUUCGGGGUGAUCCUCUGGGAGAUCUUCACGUAUGGGAAGCAGCCCUGGUUUCAGCUCUCAAACACAGAGGUCAUUGAGUGCAUUACCCAAGGGCGAGUUUUGGAAAGACCUCAAGUCUGCCCCAAGGAAGUGUACGACAUCAUGUUGGGUUGCUGGCAGAGAGAACCUCAGCAACGGCUCAACAUCAAGGAGAUCUACAAGAUCCUUCAUGCUCUGGGGAAGGCCACACCAAUCUACCUGGACAUCCUUGGCUAGCAGUGGCCACUUGUCAAAAGUCCCUGCUCCUUCCUUCCGUCCCUCUCCCCCUCCCAAGUCCUUUACCCCUCAGCUCCCAAGCAAACAUCUUCAUAUAAACUCAAGUGCCUGCUACACAUACAACACUGAAAACAAAACAAAACAAAAAGCAAACCAACAAAAAAUCCACAAAACAGCAACCUGUAAGGCAGUUUGGCUUAUAUAUAUUUAUAGAUAUCUCUCUAUAUACAACUUCUACACCAAUACAGAAAGAAGCUGCUGUUACAGAAAAUUAUAAGACUUUAAAAAAAAAAAAAAAAAAAAAAAAAGAAACAAAAAAGGGAGAAAAGAGUUCUUAAAAAGAUAUAUAUAAUUAAAAAAAAAAAAAAAAAAGAUAAAGAAAGGAGAAGAUAUCUUUCACCCGAGCAAUGAAGCAGUGAAUUGUAACCCUGCUGUGAGUAUGGUUCGGGCUGCUAGGCAGGGCUCUAGACUGGUUAUGGCAGUGAUGCCGGCCCGGGUAGGAGCCCCGGGAGGAAAGCCUUGCCCUGGUUGUAUGAUAUGCACUGAAUGUGUGAAAUCAGUCCUCCCUUUUCGUCCUUGCCUUCUUCCCUCCUUCCCAGCCCGCAGGUGAUGGGCACAAAGCCAGGGCAGUGCCCCUGGAUGAACUCUCUUUUACCAACCUCUUCCCUCUCUUCCUCCCUCUCAGUCCUUCCCCACCCCCUCUCUGCCUUCCUGCCUUUUUACUCCUUCCAACAUUUCAGGACAAUUUUUCUAAUUUGCUGAUUCUUAAAUGUAUAGACUCAAGGCUUUCGACCACACAGUCAAAGGAUUGUGGUACCUACGGGUAAAACACACACCGGGAACCAGCCGCCUUCCCGCAGACUGCGAGCCGGUCUGACCCAGACCCCCCUCCUGCCCCAUGCCGGCUGCUGCCAAGGCUGGGAGAGCAGCGGGACCAAAGCGGCUGCGCGAGGGAGUCGAGGGGAGGGUCCUGGAGACCCAUUCCCGAAUCAUCCCCAACCCCUUUCAGUGUGUGAGAUAGGAGUGCCAUUCGUCCAGGGCGCCCAGUGCAGGCAGCAACCUUGGGAGGAGCAACCCCCCCAGCCCCCAUUCCUGCCCCUCCUUUUUCUCCCCACCCUUCACAUUUGCUAGUGGUCAUGGGGUUGUUCCCCCUCUGUCAGCUGUCUACACCAGGGCCAAAUUGGUGUAACCUUCAGCAGACAGGGUUGGAUCCCUUCUCCCCUCAUGGGGGAAAGGCUGCAGUGUGCAGACAGCUGAAAGCAUGCCUACAUCUUGUCUGGGCAGGCCUGUGGGGUCAGCAUAUCCCAGCGCUCUUCCUCCCCAUUCUCUUCCCUUCCCCAUCCCUGCCCCAUGCUUCAUUCCAAGCCGCAGGCAUAAGACAGCGGGGGACAGGGAGGGCGACAAGGCUUGUGAGAUGUCUGGGAACCUACCAACACCUGCCCUCAGCCCCCUUGGCAUUCUCCUCACGUCCCCAUCCCCCGAAAGGAUUGAUGCAUCUGCCUUAGAGCUGUUGUGAAAUGCAGAGGCUGAAGAAUAGCUCCACAGGCAGCCCCCGGAGGAGGGGGGGAAGGAGGGGAAGGUGCCUUCAGGAGCAGACGGCUCAGCGGAUGGCCGCAGCGGCCAGCCUUGCAUCUCAAUGAGGAAAAAGGCCUGACAGGCAGCGACAGGGUGGUGGGGACAGCGAGGGAGAGACAGAAUCAUCCUCCCUAUAGCUCAUCUCCCUCAAGCAGGAAAUAAUCCUGACUUGGGGAAAGGCUGAGUCAGACACUGAAUCCCAUCCAUCCAGACUGGGCUGAAAAUACAAAGCCUUUCUGGGUCUUUUUUUCAUGUGGCUAAUGGAGGAAGGGGGGGGAACUUCAGCUUGGCAGCUGCUCUCAGGAGGCAGGGAGCGGGCAGCACAGGCAUUGGCAAGGCAAUUUUGAGAAGGCAACAACUGCUGGCACAAAAAUUGCCUGCUUGGAUGUGAUGUUUGUCUGGAAGGGAAUGCAGAUGGAGGAAGAGGAGGUGGAAAAGGGAUCUUGGCUCAUCCCCCAUGGCCAGGGUAGUGUUCAUGGCCAGGAUGCAAGGGGAGCUAGGUGACUCUGAUUAUGGCUGGCUACUAAAAAGGAAGAUUUUGCAUCCUCUCCUCAUGCCCCUCGUCUCUCACCAGUCUCUACCUCUCACCCACAGCUCUGGCAUGACUUGGCCUAUGGCUUCAGAGAGAGGCAGGGAACACUGCACCAAGGUUUGUGAUGGCAGCAGUGGCUGUGGAUUUAUUCUGUGCUUGUGUAAAGAGCAGUGCAAGCCUGAGAUGAGAGAUAAUGUGUGGCAGUAACCAUGUGGGAGUAAGGAUGUAACCUUCCUCUGCAUGUUAGAGAGAGCUGGGCUGGUGGGACAGACUCGAGCCAAUGAAGGGAGGCUGGACAAACUGCCACUGAACAGCCACCAGCAGCUCACAGCAUGGACACUAAAGAUGGCAUGGUCAGGGACAAGAGUGUGGACCGGCGCUGGGAGUCUGCACACAGGAACAGCAUACCAUGCCACCCCUCAAGAGCAGGAUCUUGCUCCUUUGGGAGAGGACAUCCAGUUUUCCUCAUCUGCCUACUUAGGUCCACCUUUGAAAAAGAUUGUUGAAGGGUUGCUAGCCCUGGCCUGGCUGCUUUGACUGGUGAUUCUGUACAAUGGGAGAACAAGCAAUGGCUGUUAAUUGCUUAGUGACUCCAAAAGAAAACUCUUCCCUGGGGCUGCCUGUCCCUUACCCCAAAUGGCUUCUUGCUCUUGUGACUCCCAGGUACUGUGCCAGAUUGUGCAAGGCCACCACUUUGUCCACACCCCUCUCUCGCUCUCAUGUUCUCAUUUCUAUUUUUGGCCAAUGUCAUGGGCCUUUACACUAUCAAAUCACCUACAGACACUGUGUUCCCAUAGUCGAUGAGAUUCUCUUGUCACCAUUCAGCACAGCAGCUACAGCCUCCUUUCCUUCCUUCCUCUUUCCUCCUUCCUCUCCUCCCUGGCACCACCACUCUGUCCCUUUUGCCACCUCUUUGUACGGUCAUGACAGUGAGCUCAGGAGCCAAGCAUGCUACAAGCCUUAGUGCUGCAUGGUUAGGAAUAAGUAGUCUGAGAGGCAAGGAGAUGGGUGCCCAGAAGAUGUGAAGUGGCUGAGACCAAGGUUCAGGCUACCUGACUGCUUUACUCUCACCCUCACCAAGUGAAGUGACUGCCUUGGAAAAAGGUCCUUUUGUCAAAGUUAAUUGUGAACAAUUGCUCAGAAGAGCAGGAUAAGCUGCAGUGUGAUGUCUCCCUGGCUGCUGCUGCUGCUUUAUGCCCCUUGGCCUGCUGGUACUGGAUGGAGGUUUGUUGGGGGGGAGGAGGAGGUUGUUUUGUGUUCAAAGACAUGAUGGAAACUGCUGCAUCCCUUUUUGGCAUGACAGUUUUGGAGGGGAAGAGGGAAAGCAGCUGUGCUGAGUUCCUGGUGAGCACCCUCUAAGACCUCAUUUCAAGAAGCACCUUCCCUGAACCAGAAGCGGAGCUGCCCAUCAGCACAGGCCAUAGGGCUCUUCUCUGUAGGAAGAUGGGCUCUGGAGUGGCCCCGCUGUGUGUGAGGGGAGGAAGAAGAGCAGAUUUGGAGGGAAACUCUCACAGGGUGCCAUAACUCUGGGUGUGGGGACUGUUUGGAGGCAAAGAGAAAUGAGUUCAUGCUCCUUCUCAAUUUCCAGGAGAGAUGCUUCCCAUUUCCCUACCUCUACUAAGAGCAGAGCUAUCCCUGCUGCCUUGGAACACUGACAGGUCUCACCCAGCUCUGGGGCAAGCCAGGCCUAAUUCCCAGCAUGUCCAGGCAGACGUUCCCACCACCCAGCCUCUUCCAUCUGCAGUUUUCUCAAGGGGCUUGUGAAAGGGAACUGGGAGGAACGCUGGGUUGAGCACUGCUGAGAAGGGACCAUGGGGUCUUCCCUGUCUCAGCUGCAUCCUGCUCCCUAAAAACUAAAAUUGUUAGCACAAACUCAGUCACCCGAAGGUGUCAUUGAAAUGGUGCUUUCUUGGGGGGGAAGGUACUCUUUUGGUGCAUGGUACAGAUGGCAACUGUAUACCAGGGCUGCAAACUGUGGGCAGUAAAUGUGGCUCCAGCCUCAGGGUCUCACCAGUGGCCUGUCUUGUCUUUUUCAGAUGUUACUUUUCCUUCCACCCCAGCCUGUCAGGCUGCAAGAUGAAAGCUGAAAUGUAGCAAAGGGAAGACACACAAUGAUUUGCCAGACUGAAAGUCCAUCCUGUCUCCCACAAAGAUUGCCCAUCUGAUCUUUUAAAGUGUCCCUCAGUGCAUAUAUGUUGGGGGUGAAAAAGAGCCUGGGCUGCCUCAUUUCAGGUCUAUCCUUGGGUCCACAGGGUGUUGGAGACAGGUGACUCUGGGAACAUGUGCUGCACAGACAAAUGUGAAAAAUCUGGAAUGCCUUUAGAGAGGCUGUUUUCUUGACAGACAUUGUUAGCUUUGAGCUGUCUGCUUGUCCCCAGGAGUAGGUGGAACAAGGUGAGAAAAUAUGUGGGGAAAUAAAAAAGCCAAGGAAAGGGAAAGGCUGGUUUUAGAAGGUAAGUUGGGUUGGGAAAUUGAGACUGGUUUGGGGAGUGUGGCAUAGAAUUUUAAGUAUCACAGUGGAUACAAGCAAAAACAAAAUACUGAAGCUCCAGGAAAACUUAGCUAUAAUGCUGGGCAAAUACUGGUUUUAAAAGGAGACAGAAACCAAUAAAAUCAAGGGACCACUUAUGCAGGCAGAAAACAAAAUCACUAGGGUUUGUGCUUUCUUGUGAUUUUUUUUUUCUUUUUUUCCUAUAAGAAAAUACAACUAAAAGAAGGCCUGAAAAAGUUAUGGUUUUUAAGGGUCAUAGACAGAAGUAUAACACUACUUGAGCUGUUUCCUUUCAUGUUAAAGGCUCUUAUUUCCCAGAACUCAAAUGUAUGAUUUUCUUUGAGCUCAGGAUAUGGGUUGAAGGAUGCAGACCUGGGUCACUGCAAGCCCGUGAAACCAGAAGUAGCUCGGAGCACUUGAUCAGCAGGCAUUUAUGUGUCAUUUGGCAUGGAGACAGUACUUUGUUCAGCGUGCCAUCUUAAGAAGGUUUUAAAAAUCUUUCUCAUUUCCCCACCCGUCAGGGAGUAUUUACAUCCUUUGCCCAACUAUGACUUCCAGUGGUUAAUGAAAAGUCAAUGCAAGUAGCUGAAUUUUGGUGCAUCAUAUGUCCAUCUUUGUUUCCUGAUCUGGUCAGGAAUCAACUGAACCACUACAGCCAUGGCUUGUACUCAAUGCUUUUGUAACAGCUGUAGAUGUGUUCUCUGGUCAUAAGGCAAUGGUGAGGAUAAGCAAACUGAAUAAAUGGGAUCCUGGGUGCAAUACCAUGCUGUAGUGACUCCUCUGAUAGCUGGAAAGCUAUGGAUAUCAACAGGGCUUCUCUGCUAUGAGACGCAGCAGGCACAGGCAUGCUUUGGUACAACCCAAAAGGUUUGUUCUCCAUUUAGAUGUAGUGACUUUCAGAAGGAUGGUAGGGUCAUGGAGCCUUGGCACAACAGUGCUGUCUCCAAAUGAGUACCAAAAAUAGAAAAGGAGAAAUUUCCCCUCUCAGCACUGCUUUCCAGGAAUGGACAAACUUGCUUAACUCUAAGGUGCCUUCCCACUCAUGCCCCAAGGUGUCUCUUACAUCAGUAUGUAUUUAAUGUUUCUUUAAGUAGCUGCCAAGUCUUUAAAAACCUUUUCCCUUUGCCAUUCUCCUUGCAAACAGGGAUAUUGAGUUUUAAGUCUGGAGAAAUCAGGUGUUUUCAAAACAUCCGUUCUGGCUGGCAGUGUCAUAAAUGAUGCAGGCAGAGACGUCACUGCUCCAAGAGGAAUGCAGGAGCAUUCUGUCUCUCCCGUGACUCUUAUUUCUUUCCUAUACAAUACUGAGCCAUGAAAAGGCUCCCUGAGAGAACUGAUAGGAGUCCCAUUGCUUGCAACUUUGAAAAACUGAACUGCAAAAAGAGAUAAGAAGGACACAGUCUUACAGCUUUCUUCAGGAGCUGAGCUGUUAUGUUGGUUUCAUCCUGAUGGCUUGAGUUUCUCACAGACCCAAUAUGACAGGUCUUUCAGACUAAAGGAAUGAUCAUUGGUUCCUCCUCCUUUCUGCUAAUUUCACAAUUUUAGCAUCUCUCCAAGGGGAAAGGAGGCACAACAAAUCUACCCACCGUUUCCUCACACGGUCAGGAGUCCUUUAUAGGAGCUGAUCUCCUGCCCAGCACAAGCGACUCAUUCUACAGCUGAAAACUUGAGCAGAUGUUCUGAGGGUGUGUUUAACUGCUGAACUACUGGCUGCUUAGGACAAGGUCCUAGCAGGGAAGGACUAAAAUACCUCUAAAGAAAAUUAUGGCUCUGGGAGAUCUGAAUGUCUUCUUGCACGUUUUCUCUUGCUCUCUGCUGGCUUCCAACCUUCCCAGUCUUUGCUGCUUGAUACUUAUCUGAGUUUCUGCAUUCACUUACUUUUUAGAGCACAGAGAACUGGUGAAGCUGUUUGAUUUCGAUGUGGUAGGUGAGAUAAGAUUUCUCCCCCUGCCUUCUUCUUUUUCUCCCUGUGAGGCUACUGUCCUUGCAGUUCUCAGGACUCGACUAGCAGAGUUUUUAAAUGAAGCGAGAGUCUUAAUGUGAGGUGAAUCCCAAGACCACAAACAGUUUGGACUUCAAACAGUGAGAAAAUUGGCGCCGAAUGAUUCCGCACACAAAGCAGAAAACUUUCAUUUCCUGCAGGCAGGAUGGAAUUGACUGUUAUAUUAAGACUUCAGAAGGAGCACUGCCCCGGAGUAAUUUCACUGCUGUCAGGCAGUGUUGACAUCUAGAUUAACCUCUGUGCAGUGAAUUUUACAGCAAAGCUUAUUGUAAUGCAUGUGGGGUAUCUCCUGUAAAUCCCAGCUGAAGCCCACAGUGUCCCACCCUUCUGCACAGGAGAAAGGGUCGGGGAGCAGCCACUAUCAUUUUUGACCCCAGCAGAGCAUGACUCUAACCUCAUCCAGGCCAGUUCUGCUGAAACUGAUUUUCUACUGUUCUAAAGUGUCAAUAGCUCCAGCCUGUAUUUUUUUUUUUAAUUCCCUGAAGAAGUUUACAUCACAAGGCUGACAUUUUUUGCCAGUGACAAACAGCUCCCUUCACGUAUCCAUGCAGCAACACAGUCCUAAUUAAAAAGCACUAGUUAACCAGUGGCAAUUAGCUGUUUGCACUGAUUAACUCCAACACAUACAAUCCCCACACACUAUGCUCUGAUCAGAUGUGAUCCAGGACUAAAUGGCAAACCAACUCCCAGAGGAUGCGAGAUGAUGGCAGCCAAUCCUACUCACCAGCACACAGGCACACUAUUAACUCUAUCUACUAAACCAAAACUGCAUGCAUUAAAGAAGUUCACACAGUUCCUUCAGUCAAGUCAGAGGGCAUUGCAAAAGAAGUCUCUUGACUCCUGAACUGAAUGCUCCCACUGUUAAUUUGAAAGCAUAGGCUGGACCCCAAGCCCUUUUGUCUUUUGCUGAAAGAGUAGGAUGAGCAGCAAGACUUCCCAGGCAGGAGCACAACAGCUUCUUCACUCUUGUGUGGGUAGAGACAAUCCUGUCUGUGGUUCUCAAGAUGCAUCUCUGAGAUGCACUUCUUUGUGAAAAAGACACUAGCAUCUAAAAAAAAAUGGAAGAGGAAGGGGAAGGUUUUUUUGGCUUUGUGUUUUUGCCACACCUUCUUAUACACUUAUUUUCAUACUCAGACAUUGCUCUGCAAUCAUGUGCAGGAGGUUCUAGGCAAGAGACAAGCUAUCAGGUGCUGAACAGAUUAUCCACUAACCCUAGGGACAAAAUCUCAACAGUACUUCUAGAAAUCUCUUUCAGAACCCACCUAUCCUCUCACCCACAGCUCUUCAUAGUAGGUGUACUGUUCGAUUUGUCAAAGGCUUUGGAUAGCCUAUGAAGAGGAAACAGGCUUGUAGUUUCCCCUUCAUCUUCAGAUGGAGUUAUGUGACCCUAAAAUUUCUGCAAUCAGGCCCAUCAGGAAGAUUGCUUCAAACUAACAUUUACUACCCCCAAUCAGAAUAUAGCUGAAAAGGCUACCCAAGGUUAUAGAGAAAGUCAAGCUGUUGCUUUGGACUGGAAUUUGCUUUGGAAGGAAUUUGAUGGACCAAUUUAACCACCACAGCACAUCAAAACCUGGUGGCUUCAUUUAAAAAGUAAUCAGUAUUGUAUUUCGCUUUAGACAUCCGUGCAUUAGUGUUCUGCAAAUAUGAUUUCCUCUUUGUUUGCAUUAUUGAUGCCAUAAAAUGUCAGACACAUUAAAGAAAAAAAAAAGAGGCUAACCUUUGGGGUUUGGAACGAUUCUGGCUGAAUUGCAGUUGGGUUACUUUUCUUUUUAUUUCCCAUGGUAGCGAUGCACUGUUACUCAUUCUGCUAUUGCUUUACAAAGAGUUCUCUGUAAGUGUAUUUAUUCAGCCAACCAUAUUUCAGGAAACACAUAAUGAUAUUUUUUGCUGUAUGUGGCAGUGUGUGUGUAUGUGUGUUUGGACGUGGAAGGGAACUGGAGCUUUUUACAGGAGCCCUCCCAUGCCUGGUAGUAUGUUGGCUUUGUUCAACGCUGUGUGCCUCCCUUCUGCUCAGGUGGCUAGUUUGAUUUAAUCUCAAGGACUGACUUUUGUGAUCAGGAUUUGAGGUCUUCUGAUUUUUCACUGCCCAGAAUCCAUCAUCUUCUUUCACCAUUCAGUGGCCAUCUGCUAUCCACAAUAGUUCCUAGAUGUCUGUGUCACAGAGAUUACACAGCACUUGAGUCUCAGGCAUGUGGUAGAGAAGUUUCAGCUUCUGGUCUUGGACCAAUGGUGAGUUUGCUGAUUUAGCUUUGUUCCUACUCUGUUCCCCACCCGAGGCUCACUGACUACUGUUCCCAAGGAAAAUGCUAUUAGUUGCUCAGUGCUUUUUCUCCCAGACCAUUAAGGAGCACUGGCCUUGGCAGCUGUAGGCUUUCUGCCUCAUCUCUCUAUAAUGAAUUGUUCAAUUUUCCUGUGAACCUUUUGGAAGAAUAUUCUCCCCCUUAAAAUCCAAAAAAUUCUCUUCCCAAGUCUUCUGACUUCUUGAAAGUAAAAUGAAAAGAUAAAGUGGAAUUAUCUCCCUUACGUAGAGAUUUUCAUCAGUACUAAGAUUUUUUUUUCAGCUUUUCCUUCCAGUGACAGCAAGACUUGGGAGCAGGGGGGCAGGGAUACAGUGGAGCAGUCUAAGGAAGGGACUCAGCUAGGACCUAGACUGCAAGGUCACUUGUUCACCUGCUAGGCCCUUUCCAGCUUCAUACCACAAGAACCUCCCAGCUUUUCAUGAGCAGCUUUCUUCCCAGCUUUCUUGUUCCAACUCUAGUUCUGAGGAAUGACCUUCAGAUGGCCUUCAGAUCUCCUUAUCUUCACAGAUCCAUCUCAAGGGUAUCCAAACAGCCUGAAGAAGAAGUGACAGGGGCUGAAUGGAUGUGUAAUUCAGUGUCUUUCUCCCCCUUUUUCAUCAGGGGCAAAGACAGUGAAAGUGACAGAACAGAAAAAAUAUUUUUUCAGACAGAAGUGAUCCUGUUUCUUUUAAAACUCAGAUAUUUAAGAUGCCAUGCAGCAGUACCUAUAAAUAUGCCUUGAAAUGUUGAAUGAGCACAAGGAGUCUAUUUGAUUUUGUUUUUAUGUCUGUAAUUUCUCUCACCAAGUAUUCGGCAGUUACUCAGCUCCCAGCAGGUUGUUCUGAUUGCUGGAGAGAUGGUUGGGAUUGAUUCUGGCUGUGAUCUGUUCAAGUCCAGCCUCAUUCUUACAUAGCUAGAUUGAGACAAUAGAAAUAAUCAUCAAGGGCCUGAAUUGUUCCUGUGUAACUAAACCUUCUUGUGCAACACCAGGCUAAGCCUUGAAGGGGUUGAACACCCACAACUUUGUCUGAAGUCAGUAAAGGCUGUGGAUACUGAGAGGCACUGAAGAUCACUAUGAUGUUAGGAACAGAACAGCAGGAGAGAGGAAGAGAAGUGCUACAAGAAAAAAACCCAAACAUUAUAUCAGAGAAGACAUUGGUUGUUUUAUAAUACAAGAAAAUCCACUGCUGUACAUGAGAAAAGACUCAGAAUAUUCACCCUGGCAACCAAGAACAUCUGUCAUCAGGACAGGAGCAGCUCUCUAUCCUACAAACCUCCUCCCACUUUUAAUUUCCUUUUUCUCCUUCUUCUGCUAAUACAGAACAAAUACUGGCUUAUGGCUUUCUUGAAAACUGAAAUUAAGGUAAGGGACAGAUUUGGGAGAGGAAGAGAGUGGCCAGACCCUGCUGGAUGAUAUAACAACUUCAUAGUCCAGCACCUUUUCAGUAGCAAGUGUCUGGUGUGCCCCCCCCCCCCCCCCCCCCUUUUUUUUUUUUUUUUUUUAUACAACCCCUGUUUGGUGCAAAUAGUGUUCACGAUGAGGAUAAACCAGUUCAGUCCUCAAGAACAAUAAUAAAAAAGCUCCCAGUAAGGUGAAGGUUUUAUCGCAGCGACAAAGUCGGGAGCCGCGUCCCUGCGGAUCAGCACCGCGGACAGCGGCGCCGCCUCCUCCGGCGGGAGCUCCGCUUCUGCGGGGGGAACCCCGCUUCUGGAGGGGAAGCUCCCCUUCUGGAGGAACUGGAGACCUCAUGACCACACCAGUCAGGGCACGACUGUCUCGUCCUUUAUUCUUUUCUCCCAUCCUUUUUUUUUCUUUCGUGUAAAAUCAUUAGCCAGUAUCUUGUUUCCAGAUGAUGGAGUCAGGAUGGUUUAAAGCACAAAACAAUCAAUCCAGUCCAGGGGAAAACCACUCGUCCUUCAGAAUUAAACUCUCUGCCCCACUUCUUCCUGCACUGGUGUUUCACCUAUGAAGGCUCUGACACUAAUUUGGAUUGUGAAAGGUUCCUAUCUUCUUGUCUAUUGGGACAGUUUGACAAAUGGAGAGAUACUACACUACUAGCCCUUUAGAAACAGUAUUUAUUUUAUUGUCAGCAUCAUGUGAUUCAGCUUUGGCCAUCAACUAAAUUUACUGUUGGUAGAGGGUAAACAGACAAAUCUCUUGGAAAAUUCAAAGGGGCAUAUAAAUGACACUGUGGCCCCUGAAAGUUAUUUGGACAUAAAUCCAUAAAAAAACCACUUUACUAUGUAGUGGAGAAAUGUCAGAAGAGUCAACCAAAGAUGAAGAGCCAUGCAGGGAAGAUCAGACAUCAACAGGAAAGGCUCCAAAUGGAGAAGCAGUCAUAUCUCACAUACAAAAAAGGCAGGUACUUCAGUAUCCAACUUGCUCAGCCUGCAUACUUGGGAUUUCAACCCACUUGCUUUCCUGGAUCACACUAAGGAAAAUAAACCCUCAAGUCAGGGUUGAAGAUCUCCUGAACCUCAUCAUCAUGGUGAGAAGCUACUGGGAAGAAACAUGCAAGCGCACUCCAUCUUUAAAGUUUUGUGUGAGGAAGAAAAUCCAGAAAGGUGGUCCAGAAAGUUGGACUAUUCCCUCCUGCCCAGUACAUGCUGCUUCCUAGAAGCAUUUGUUCUGUGUCCCAUCUCCCACAUACUCCCCAGCUGUGAUUGGCAGUUACUACAACGGGACAUCUGGAUGGACACUCAGAGACAGUGAUGACUGGAAAGUGCCUGAGACACAAGACCUCAAAAUUGUGAGUAACAAUACCAAAAAUGAGGAAUUGAGGCCAGACAUCUGAUGCUUUGGGCCAUUUGCAAGUCAGAAAGGAUGAGCUUGCAGGGGAUGGCAAAGAUGGUUUAAUAAGGAGUUCAGAGAACAAAUGGUGCUAAGGCAAGGGAGCAAGGAAGCCUACUGGGACACAGGGAUAGGAAAGAAAUAGUCAAGGACUAGGAUAGUGAAAGUCAGAUGUGAACUGUGGCAAAGCACAAAAGGGCUCUGGUUGGAGAAGAACUAUGGAUGUGAGGAAACAGUCACUACAAAAUGAUGUGUGAUCAUCUAAAUGAGUACUGAUAGUUUCUCCAAACCUUCAGCCUUGCUGGGCUUCUCCCAGGCCCACCUUCUUUGCUUCAAACAUUUAAAAAUACCAUAAUUUUCACUGCAUUUAUUCUGCUCUCUGAUGGCUCUGGUUUUAGUACAAGCAGGCUAGAUUGUUUUAGUUCCCUUCACUCCCCCUGCUCAGCCCCAUACCCAGCCAAUUCUCUGUGUGAAGGAGAAUUGCCUAUUUUUUUCUUUUUUUUUUUUUUUUCUUUUUUUCAGAAGUGUCUUUUAAAUUUUCAGCUAAAUUGGGAGGCAUUUUUUUGCAUGAGAGCUUCUUAUACAUAGGCUUAAAGCAGAAUAAAAAUAAAUAAAUAAAUACACUAAAUUACUCCCCCCUCCCCCACCUUGUCUUAAUAAAGUGCUAUUUUACAUAAGUUAUUUCAACAGAAAUAAAGGAUUUUUGUGCAGACAAAUGAUUGGCACUGAUUUAGCUUUCCGUGAGGGUUACAGCUCCCUCUGCCUCUUCUGGGUCAGGCAAGGAGGCAAGGUUUCCCCAGGUAAAGGUUGAGGAUACACAACCUUCUUGGGUGAAGGCUUUCUUGGGUCUGUCAGGCUGUUUGAGAUGGUGUUUAGGGGCUGCAUUGUGCACUGGCCUCUAGUAAUUACUGCAAGACAUCUGUUUUGAAGCAUUAUUGUCCAUCAGUGGCUUGCGUGGCAGUGUGAUGGCCUAGGCAGAGAAAUCACUGUGGUUUUCUGUGCUGGCACUCCUGCCACAAGGAGAAACACCCAGCCUCAAGAAAAAUGCAAGGGUAGACUUCCAGGAAACUACUCCUACUCCCAGCUGAACAGCCCUUCAACAACACGGACAGGUUUGGCCCCAUAAGAUGCUGCUUCACAGCUCACUCUGGCAGGUGAGCAGAUACUGAGAGAAGGAUGGGGCUACAUCUCAGAGGAAAGACAUUUUGAUGGCAUUUUUGUUGUUACUUUUAUUUAAACCAGCUUAUUUUAAUCUCAGUUAAUGUCGCUGAAAGUCUGCAUGAGCAGAAAACAAAUCCUCUGGUGAUGUUUGCUGAAUUGAUUUUUUUUGGCAGACUUUUUUUACCCCAUACAUCAAUCCAUGUUUGCUUAGUUUGAGGCUUCUUUUUCAUCAUUUGAAUCAUAUUUGCCACUUUGCAACUGAAUUGUCGGUUCUCAACUUUUUCCAUCCUGAAGUCUCCCCUUCUCUAAAUCAAAACUCACCAUUUUCCCCUGCUGGGAACAACCCAGGUUACCCCUCAAGGGAGAACCUGGUGAGAGCAAGGUGUUUGUGAUCUCUGCCUGCCCAUCCCAAUUCCACUGGCUCCCGCUCAGAGGAUAAGGAACCCUGAUCUGAGUAUUGGUCAAGGUAGGGUCCCACUUCUCCCCUACCUGCCACAUCAUGUGCACUGAGCACACUGCUACCCUGGAAGGGGAUGACUGAUACAGUGUUAGUAAGACUUACAAGAAGACUUUUUAAAUUAAGGAUUUGCAGUGAGGUCAAGGGACCUUUUAAAGUGCUGAGGUAUUUACUGUCCCCAGACCUUCCCUUCCUUCCUGCCCUGCUUUGUCCCUUCCUCUCUCCCCAGCCUUGAAAUGAAACAGAAAAUUAUUUUUUUAAAACUGUGUCGAUAAUUUAUGUUUAGUAUAAAGGAUGAUUUAAUGGCAUCACCAAAGGUCAUUUUUUUCAUCUCCGUGUUACUGCCCCAGCCCCAGAGGCUGUGCAUCCCCUCUUCCCCAUAACUCUACUGCCCUCUCCUUCAUUCACUUCACACAUCUCCCCAUCACCACCCCACCACAGCGUACCACACACCAGAAACCUGCUUCAGGUUCAGUCGACAACCGUUGGAGAACAGAGAUUUCAAAUCGAAACCUCCACUCCAGACCACCACAAACUGGAAUCAUUUCCACCUUGAAAAUAGUCAGUUGCUGCAAAUGAAAGGCAGACUCAUUUCUUGAAUUAUGUACGUUUUUUUUUUAAAGCCUUUUAUACCUAUUUACGUGUGCGUGCACCACGUGUACACAGUGGUAUCUGUGUGCACAGAGGCACACGAAUCUCUCUCUCUCAAAUAUAAAUAUAUUGUAUGUUAGAGCUGUAAAUAUUCCUUGGUCAUGUGUCUAUGUCUUCUUCAAAGUAUCAUAUCCUCAGUGUUACUUUAACAACUCCAUUUAUUGAUUGAUGAAACUGUGUGUAGACCUGUACCCUCCUGACAUAGUUUAUGUAGCGCUCUCUUCUCAAAUAAAGUACAAAACUACCACUA